CCAUAGGAGAGGUUUGUGCCAUCAGUUCUCGGCUCCACAGAAGUUGCUCUCUGAGGAAGAAUGAAUGUUUUCCCUGUCAUGCACCAGCAACCAAAGGUCAAAACUGAACCUCUGGUAAGCAGGGAGGGAGCUGGACUGCUUCCCAUAUGGUAGGGCUGCUUCACCCCAAUGGCAUGGGUGAGUGUAAAGGGGAGGGAGUGAUUAGCACCCCCCCCAUCCCUUAGGUAAGCCUGCUUUCCACAGAGCAGAGGCAUAAGCAGCUACAGCUCACUGUCUUGCACAAACCCAGCAGCAUACCAGUGUCAGAGCCCAGCUCUGCUGCACGUUCGUGCCUCCCGUUUGCAGAGAGAGCCAGACCAGGUUUUCAGUGAGGUCUCACAGCUGCUGGCAGGCACCCACACCGCGAUUGGCAGCGCCGGCUGCUCCCGAAAGGCAUCCGUGGGUGUCUGAGAAGGGAACUCCACCAUGCAUUUUCCUGAUGCAACCGCUCACAGACAGAUCAUAACAAAACUUUGACAGGAAAAGGAGAAGGUGGGAGACCCAAGUGUCUGUAACUGCACCAGACCAGGAGAGAAAUCAUGACCCAGGAGCGACUGUGGCAGGUCCUAGAUCCGUUGUGGGCUGACCCUCGCAUUCUCUCAGCCUUGUUUUGUGGUUCAGCUGCAGCUAUUGUGCUGCUGAAACGGCUGGGUCAUAGGCGGAUCCAGCAGAAGAUGGAAGAAGCAAGAAGAGCACGGGAUCUGGCACUGGAGCGAAUGGAGAAGGCAGCUCGCAGGUUUAAACAAGAGAACCCAGGCACCCAGACUGCACACAUCCUCUCACUGACCAUGGUGGAGCUGGUGGAGAAGAUGAAGGAGGGGUCCCUGUCCCCAGAGAGCGUUCUCUACUCCUACAUGGGCAAAGCUCUGGAGGUGAAUCAGGAGGUGAACUGUGUGAUAGACUUCAUCCAUGGCUGUGAGGAUCAGCUCCAGAAAUUGAAGAAGCAGAAGGAGAAGGGGCUGCUCUAUGGCAUUCCUGUUAGCAUCAAGGACCACAUUGACUGCAAGGGCCAUGUCUCCUCUGCUGGGCUGGUGAAGUUUCUGGGCCAAGUGAAGGAAGAAGACAGCGUCAUCGUCCAGGUUCUAAAGAGCCAGGGAGCAAUCCCCUUCGUGAAAACCAACAUCCCACAGACAAUGAUAAACUAUGACUGCAGCAAUCUCAUUUUUGGCCAGACGCUGAACCCCCUCAACCACCAGAAGACCCCCGGGGGCUCCUCAGGAGGGGAAGGAGCUCUGAUUGCAGGGGGUGGCUCCCUCCUGGGCAUCGGCUCUGAUGUAGCUGGCAGCAUCCGCCUGCCAUCCAGCUUCUGUGGGCUGUGUGGGCUCAAACCCACAGGCUUCAGGAUCAGCAAAUUGGGUGUGAUUUCUCCUAUCACAGGAAUGAACUCAGUAAUAGGGAUGCUGGGGCCGAUGGCAAGGGAUGUGGACAGCCUGGCCCUCUGCAUGAAGGCACUGCUCUGCGAGGAGAUGUUCCGGCUGGAUCCUGCUGUGCCCCCGAUCCCCUUUGAUGAGGAGGUUUACACCAGUUCGAAGCCACUUCGUAUUGGAUAUUACGAAGGAGAUGGCUACUUCCAGCCUUUACCCAGCAUGAAACGGGCCGUCCAGCAGACCAGGAAGCUCCUCCAGGAAGCAGGGCAUACAAUUGUUCCCUUUGCACCACCUAAGAUUGACUACGUGGUAGAUGAGCUUUUUACCAGAGGGAUUUUCUCGGAUGGUGCUGCUCACCUGGUGGACUCCUGCAAAGGAGACAUCGUGGAUCCCAAUCUGAAGUCCCAGUUCAAUACUUACAGGCUUCCUGCUUUGGUGAAGAGGAUCCUGGCUAUCAUUUUGAAGCCUAUAUACCCACGAAUUGCUCGGGAUCUCAGUGCUCUCUGUGGAGUGGGGUCUGCCAAAAACCUUUGGGAUCAGCAUGCAGCUGUGGCGGUUUACCGCAAUGAAUUCAUUGCUAAAUGGAGGAAGCAAAGACUGGAUGUGAUUCUUUGUCCUGUACUUGGUCCAGCCUUUAACCACGGCUAUGCUGGGAAGCUAUUUGCUGCAACCUCCUAUACCAACUUGUACAACGUCUUGAACUUCCCUGCUGGAGUGGUGCCUGUCAGCACAGUCACAAGAGCUGAUGAAGAAGAACUGAAGCAUUACCGAGGGCACUACGAGGACCCUUGGGAUAAGAGACUGAAAGAGGCUGUGGAAGGAGCCGUGGGGCUGCCUGUGGCUGUGCAAUGUGUGGCUUUGCCAUGGCAGGAGGAGCUGUGCCUUCGGUUCAUGAAGGAGGUGGAGACCCUUUCCUGUGGCAUGAGGAGAAAUGCAUGAUUUCUUAGGAUCUGCCUUCCUUAUGAUGACCUUCAAUACCCUGCUCUUCACUCCAGUCACCUUCUCCCCAGUGCGGAAAGCAGAUAGCAACCUGCAGACUCCAAAUACCAUUUCAAUAAAAUGGCAAUAAAUGCUGUUUGAAAACAGUUGGUAAAAUCUAUUCUCUGUCCAAACUUCCUCCUUCAUUAAAAUGGGAUAAAACCUGAUCUAGUGCUUGAUCUAGCAGCUGGCAACCCUGCCCACAGCAGGGGGUUGGAACUGGAUGAUCUUUGAGGUCUCUUCCAACCCAAGCCACUCUAUGUUUCUAUGAGAAAACUAAAAGAAAGGCAUGAAAGUUCAUGUUGGACCAAAGGAGUCCAAAAACUAUAGUGAAAUGAUAUUUGGUGUAUAAUAUGAGGCUGAAGAGCUGUUUACCUCUGUAUUUUAUUUCCAGUAGUGGCAGUAGCAGAUGUUUGUGGGAGAGCAUAACCUGGUAGGAUUCUUUCUUUGGCUGUGCCACUAGCUGGCAAAAAAUUGCAGUUAGUCCAUCAGUAACUGGCCAUCAAGAAUUUAAUAACUUGUUCAGCCUUUUCUUGAUCUCUUAUGUUUUCUUGGUCUCCACACCAUCCAAUGGCAGUGAGCUCUGCAGUUUAACUGGGCAGCAAGUAGUGGAAAGCUUUAACUGGGCAGCAAGUAGUGGAAAGCUUUGUUAUCAUUGUUAGUGCGUAUGCUGUCUGAAAUAGUAAAUAAUCUGCCUUCAGUCCUGUUCCUCAUUGUUUCUUCCAGUUAAGCAAUAGGAAAAGAAGGUUGCUAUUUUGUUUGUUUGUUCUUUCAUUGCCUAUAAUCACGUAAGGAAAACCUGAGUUCAAACAUUUCUAUGGCUCAAUUGUGGUACUUCCAGCUUCACUAUGAAAAUAGUGUGCUGUCCUUGACCUGGCCAUUGCACUCAAUGUUUCCAGUUCCUCUUACGUCCAGCACAAUAUCCUGGCUGUAGUCUUUGCUUUGAUUAUUCUCCUGAUAUUAAUAAGGACUUAAAUCCACUAUUUUUUUUUCUCCACUUUGCAACACUUCGUCUUGUCACAAUAUUCGGAGCAUAUAAAACUCUCCAGAAGAACUGGCACCAGCACGACAUACAUUGUUAGGAAAGGUCACUGUCCUCUUACAAUUUCUGACAUAGGUAGGAUUGGCUGGUGUAACAGAAUGUAGCAGAAGAUAUCAGAGACAUGAGGGUUCUCAUGCUCAAGUGAGGAAGUAACUAAAAGAAAAUGUUCAGAAAUAGGUGAAAUUUGCCAAAAAAUUAGGGCUGAUCCAUCUUUCACUCUGAAACAGCUGUUUCAACUCUCCAAGCAUGGUUCCAGUCUGCACUUCUCCCCCCUCUGUCCCCAUUACUGUUCUUCUCCUUUCAUUCAGCUCAUCUGGCUUCCUCCUCUUCUCUGCACACCCAGGAUAUGACACUGAAAAGCAGACUUCUUGCAGUAAACUUUGUACCCAGCCAUGGAGCUGCUGGGAACUACAUCAUUAUUCUCCAUCAUGCUGCUGAAGUGUCUGCGAUCAUUCAUUCAGUAGGGUCAGACCUGUGCAUGAUGGCAUGAUGGAGGCCAUAGGAAAGACAAUGGACUGAAGAACUGACAAAUCUCUGCAUCACCUUGGCCGACGGCAGCUGUGUAGCUGGAGGAGUUGUGAGUAGGAUCCGUACAACCCAUUUACAGUAAUGGGGAGUUUCUGAUAGGCUGUUUUGUUCUGUGAUUGUUGGUAAAUGUUGUUCUGCAACUGCUGAUGGAUUUUGACUGGAAUUAAAGCAUGUGUUUUGAUGAAAAUCUUCUGAUUCCAAUAGAUAUUCCAGGCUGAAAUGAGUCAGUAACUGGAGAGUUCCCAGAAAAUAUUUGUUCAGCCCUCUUGAGUCAAACGGAACAAUUUGAGAGGAGACCAGCCCAUCUCCCUGUGACUUCAGCAGCUUCUGAAAUGUCUUUAAAGUUGUUUCAGAGUGACAUGGUUGACAUAUUUCAUUUUGGAAAAGCACAUCAGAAUGUGUGGAUCCAAAAAUCUUGAAUAUGGGAUGCAGUUCUCAGGGUUAAUUCUUUGUCUUUCUGAUCAAAAU